AUGCCCUUAUUCAAGAAAUCCAAGGCGUCUGCAAACCCGUCCUCUGGUCGCUUCCCUCUCCGCUCAGUUGAGCAACUGGCCCACCCCGCGUUGGCUCCACCAGACCAUAACUCAAGCUCCAUUGAGAACUACGUGGACCGCCACCCUUCAGAUCCUCGUCUCGCCUACCACGAGGGACCGGGCUCAAAUCCACAAUCCCAGCCCCCGACCGAACCUAGACAAUCCUCGUUGACUCGCGCCCAGAGCCAACGUCAGCACCAGCUUCAACAACCAUCACAGCCUCAGCAACGCGACCGAGUCGCCGCCCCUGAAGACCCGCAGCCUCGUCGUAGAACCGGGAGAACUGGCCUAUUUGUGCGGCCAUCGUCCGGUAUUCUUGACCGAAGACCCUCAAUCAGUAAGGGAAAACAACAAGCUGCUCCUGCAACAGCACAUCCUGCCUCCCAACCAACUUCGCCUCAACAGCUUAAGUCCUUCGCCGAACAACAACAACAGCGCAGCACCCAGAACCAGAACCUCUACCCGGACGAUCAAUCCCCAACUGGCGCCCAGCCAUCGUAUGAACCGCGGUCGGCAUCCCUAGCCUACCAACAUCAACACCUCCAACAUUCACAACGAUCACUACACCAAUCGCACCCCUCAAUAGGAAGCGAUAUUCAAGACUGGUCACCGUCUCAACAAUCCACAAAACCACAACAGCAACAGCAACAACCAACCCUCCAACUGCCCAGACCGGCAGGACUUGAACGAUCCAACACCGACCCAACUCUAGUCCAACGGACCAGUGCCCGCCCGUCACCCACGGAUCGCGCCCCGGAAUCCCCUCGUUACGCCGCCGAACAACAAGGCGACCGGGGCUCGACACAGUCUCGUAGCGAGCACGAUCUGGUAUUACACAAUUCCCGGCCCCCUUCCCGGCAGACUUACGAGCCGCAUUCCCCAAGUCGUCAGCAGAUUCAUCCUGACGCCAUGCAGCAGGUCUCCGCGCAGGCGCCAUCCCAGGCUCAACAAGCGAACGAUCGACCUUCCAGUCGCAGGGGCAGCGCAUCCCAACCGUCCACCAUGCCGACGGAACAGGCGCGCAGUACACCUAGUGGGUCUCGGACUCGUGAUGAGCUUGAAAAUAUCGAUGUCCGAGCAUUGAUUCAAAAGCAUGAUGAACUCCAAAGCAAAUACUCCAAGGUCAAGCGUUACUACUUCGAAAAGGAGGCGCAAGUACAACACCUCCAAAACACCGUCGCACACCAACGCAUGGCCGUAUCUCGCACCGUCCUCGAUGACAACGAAUACGCAAACCGAUUUCAACGACUAGACGGCGCCAUCAAAGACCUGGCAUUCUCCACUCGCAAAGACUGGCGUGCCAUCCCACCCUGGCUACACGGUCUAACAACAGACGACGCAGUAACCACAGGAACAAAGGAAAUGAUGGCCCUCGGACGAGCAGUAAUCAGUCGCUGGCUAGUCGAAGAAGUAUUCCAAAAACACUUCCACCCAGGCUUAGAGCCAGGCCUCAGCAUCCAAUUAAAGAAAAUCGAGAUGAAUCUCCGCCGCCAACAAAUGCGACCGGUAACAGAUGAAGACCGCGAAAACGCAAUCGCCAAAUUGUCCAACUGGCGCCGCACAACCUUCGACGGACUAGGCGAAAUACUCGCAAACCCAACCGCACAAGAUCGCCGCUCCGAUCUAAUCGAACAUCUAACCAUUUUACUGGCCACAUUCCUAAGCACCCAGCUUCAAGAACAAGCACUACCAGGUCUAGAAGCUGGUGUGCGGAUGAUAAUCGAAAACACGAUAAACAUUAUCGAGAAGAUCCCACUUGAAGCUCGUGAUGUUUGUGUCGAGUACUUUCCUCCAAACAUUACAUUCCAUGAAAACUAUAUGAAAGUCGAAGGUCAACUGCCACCGCUCACUCAUCAACCCCCACCACCAACAGACCAAGAUCUAGACGAUGAAGGCGAGUCCUCUCCCGGCUCAAACUCCACCGGCGGAGCAGGCGGCGAUGGUCCAUCCCCUGCACCCCGUGAACCUCGCAGGCGAUCAGUCUUCGGUGCCUUAAUGGGUCGUCGCCCCGCAACAGAACAACCCGCUCGAGCAGCUAGUGGUGGAAAACCCGAAAUCCCUGAGACGCCUCGAAUCCGCUUCGCAUCCUUCCUCACGGUAGAAGUACGCGGCAAGGGACCAGCGACUGUUCUCGUUCAAGCGCCUGUAUGGCUGAUAGAGUGA